UUCAUCAUGGCGCUGAGUUCAAGCGUCGGAGUGAACAGGGCACAGAUUAGAGGAUUCACUACUGAUUGCCUGCGAGAACCAUGUUGAGGAGAGCGAGCAGCUCGAGCAGCGGGAAGAGCAACACUUCACGGCGGAGCAGCUCUGUAGGCUUCGAUGAGUUCGGCUUUGCUUUCAGUAAGAAAAGAGUCAGGAAACUCCAACACAGAAGUCAUGACUACAGUUAUCCUCAGCCUAAUCCAGUUAAAGUGAAGGAGCUGUGUGAAUUUCUCACUUACUGGAAUGGAUCCAGUUUCAUCUGCAGAAAUCAGAUUGAGAGGUUUAUUCGAAUUGGUAUUCCUCCGGCGAUACGUGGACGAGUUUGGAAAUGCCUCCUAAAUAUCGACAGUCUCAGAGCUGCUAGCUCUUUUGAUUAUGAGGCAUGUCAGGCUGAGAUCCGUAGACCUCUUGUGGAUCUUGGAGUCAGUGAGUACAGCAUCAUCUCCACUAUAGACUCUCUAGUGGACACAGAGAAUGAGAUCAGCAGCGGACAGUCGGAUCUCCCCAGUGCUGACCUCACACUCUUCAAACAGAUCGCCCUCGACCUACGAAGGUCAUUUCCGACCCAUCGCACUCUGAUGGGGGAUCGUCCCGAGGCUAUUGAGGGCCAGGCCAAACUUUUCAGAGUUCUUACCGGAUUUGCCCGAUAUAAUCCCCAGAUUGGAUAUGUACAAGGGAUGUCCUAUAUAGCUGCUGUGCUCCUAAUGAUCCUGUCUGAAGAAGACGCUUUCUGGGCUCUGGUUGCUCUGUUAGAGAAGCCCAAGUAUCUCUCAGGGCUCUUUGAUUCCUCUAUGAAGAAGAUUCAACUUCAAGCUUUGGUUUUUCACCAGCUCCUGAAACACAGGAAACCUCUGCUCUUCCAGCACUUGGAGACUCUUGGGGUGUCUUCUUUGCAUUUCAUCAUGCAGUGGUUUCUUACCCUCUUCACCUCCUUGCCGUGCUGGGACUCGGUUUUGGCCAUCUGGGAUCUUAUCAUGCUGCACGGGCUGCAGGCUGUAUUUCGCACUGGCCUCACCAUCAUCCUGCUACUGGAGUCUCGUAUCAUGAACAUGACUGAGGAGGCCGCCGUGCUGCCCGUUCUGCUGCGAGUGCCUAUGGAUGUCUCCCAACAUCGUGUCCUGAUCCCAGCACUCUGGAACACUGAUGUUCAGGAAUGGGAAAUCAACUGCAUGAACAGCCUGGUAUUGGAAGAGGCCAAUGGUGGACAUGAUGAAGAGAAAGUGAAAAAGGAAAGCGCAAAAGGCUGUACGAGUUCUCUCAGCGAUGGACACGAUGUUAAACCUUCACAAAAAGGUGCCAAGAACACUUCUAAAAAAGAAGCUCCGGGCUCCAGCGCUAAGAAUGUUUUCACACGACUGCUGAAAGUGGCUCAGCAUUACCUUUUGGAAUCAGGCAAGAACAGUACAGCUGCCAAAUCUUCUCCUGCCAAGAAGAGCCCUGCCCUCAGCCGCCUCCCCAAAGCAAGAGUCUCCACCUCCUUCGCUCAGGCACAGGUUCGAACCAAGAGGAGCAGUAGUAGACGUUCCCAGAAUUCCAUUCGGGGUGGGGUCAAGAAGGAGCGACUCCCUUCUCAAGAUUCAGAUGAAGGUGCUACUGAAGAGAGCUCCAACUCUUCAGUCCGGCGGGUGAGGUCAGGGCCCGUGGGUAAAGUGGCUCGCAGAAGGAGUCGAGGUCAAUCCAGGCGAGGAACUUCCCUCCUGCAGAAUCGCAGCUCUAGAUCUCAACAAACAUCUGAGCAGCCUGAGAACAGCAAGAAUGAGGACUGUCAAGAAACCCAAAGCAGGGCCUCGGGUGCUUCAGGGAGGCAAGAGAAAGUGAAAAAGGAAAGCGCAAAAGGCUGUACGAGUUCUCUCAGCGAUGGACACGAUGUUAAACCUUCACAAAAAGGUGCCAAGAACACUUCUAAAAAAGAGGCUCCGGGCUCCAGCGCUAAGAAUGUUUUCACACGACUGCUGAAAGUGGCUCAGCAUUACCUUUUGGAAUCAGGCAAGAACAGUACAGCUGCCAAAUCUUCUCCUGCCAAGAAGAGCCCUGCCCUCAGCCGCCUCCCCAAAGCAAGAGUCUCCACCUCCUUCGCUCAGGCACAGGUUCGAACCAAGAGGAGCAGUAGUAGACGUUCCCAGAAUUCCAUUCGGGGUGGGGUCAAGAAGGAGCGACUCCCUUCUCAAGAUUCAGAUGAAGGUGCUACUGAAGAGAGCUCCAACUCUUCAGUCCGGCGGGUGAGGUCAGGGCCCGUGGGUAAAGUGGCUCGCAGAAGGAGUCGAGGUCAAUCCAGGCGAGGAACUUCCCUCCUGCAGAAUCGCAGCUCUAGAUCUCAACAAACAUCUGAGCAGCCUGAGAACAGCAAGAAUGAGGACUGUCAAGAAACCCAAAGCAGGAAUGCAUCUACACGACGUCCAUCGCUGAACGAGAGAAACUUCAUCACGUGCCCAAUGACAGCAAGUCAAGUGCGAGAAUCGCCGCUAAUUUGAGACCACGUGGGACUCGCUAUGGAACGAGGUGUGCUCACUUCAUAACUGCACAAUGAAACACUGCCAUUUGACAAUUAAAUCAGGCCUUGUCAGACUCCUCCUGUAACGUCUCUGGAGAUGCUGCUAAUGUGCACUACGAACUUUAAAUUAGUGAAUGUUUAUGUAUGAAUUUAGCAUUCUCUAUUCCAUCAAUAAAUGUUUUAAAGCUUUUAUAGCAGUUUAAUAAAAGAUUAAUUCAU